UUGUUACGUCCCUCCGCCUCAGGUGGGGGCGCUGGCCGUUUGGACACGCGUGUGUCUUGUUAAAGUUAAUUGUGAGCACCUGUGGCGGUGCCCUUUUAAGAAGCCUGGAGUCGGCUUCUCAGGAGAUGGGAGCUUUUUCUCCUCAGCUCUCGACCACGGCCGGGUCUUGAUUUUAUCUGGUUAUUUUAUUUUAGUAUUCCUUAUAUGUAGUAAAAUAAAGUUAUUGGUUAGUUUUGGGAAACCUUGGUGUCGGCAUCGCUUAUGUUUGCGGGGCUUGAGAGCAACCGUAACAUAAAUGGGGGCUCGUCCGGGAUUUUACCCUUUAGAGUUUACAUUUUCUGUUCUUAGCCCGGUUAGCUUAGCCGCCGGGCGGGUCCAAGGGACUUGUCACUUUGUUUUUCCUUUUUUGUUUUUGGUGGUUAAUAUGAGUGGGGGUACGCUUCGGGGCACUGAGGUCGACUAGUUAAGUGGUCUGCUGACAGUGCUCACGAGUUUAGCGUUCAAAGUCGCCCCAAGCGCAGAAAACCACUGAAGACUAGUUUGAGUUAGAAUUUUGUUUCUGUUUGGUUAGGUAGGAUCGGGAAAGAACAAUAGUUGAAUGGUAGCGCCCCUGAUUGGUUUAAUCACUCUGGAUUUGUAUCAGCUGUUUCGUCCAGCUGGGCCGAUUGAGCUGGGAAAAGGAUAGAAUCGUUUGACUGGACAUUACAUCAUCACUGAGUCUAGGGGCGGUCCUCUCCUGUCUCCAAAAUGAGUGGCAGGACAGAGAGGGGAGGGCCCAUGCUGGAUAAAGCCUGAAAGCACAUCAGGAAGAGAGGACUGCCAAGCUCAAACCUGAGACAGGGUCUGGUCUCAGGCACUGAUGGCUGAGAUGGAAAAUGUGUCGUAUGUACCUUUGAAGCAGCCCAUCGUGUUCACAGUGGAAGGCUUCAUCAUAACCAGGCAGCAGGGGUACCCCCUGUUUGUAGCCUGUCUCAUCGUAUACGCCGUGAUGCUGCUGGGAAACAUCACUGUGAUUACGGUGAUCGCCGUGGAUGCCAAACUCCACAAGCCCAUGUACAUGAUGAUGUGCAACCUGGCAGUGUGCGAUCUGCUCGGGGGCACGACAGUCAUGGCCCAGCUGAUGCCACACUUCUUAACAGGGAACAACACCAUAGGCUACACAGCGGCCAUUUUCCAGGCCUUCUGUGUACACACAUACAGCUUGGCCGUCGCCACCAUUCUGACGGCCAUGGCAUAUGACCGCUAUGUGGCCAUCUGUCAGCCGCUGCACUACCAUUCCAUCAUGACCACUAGGAGGCUGGUUUCACUGUGUUGUCUUGCCUGGUUCAUCGUGUUCUUACUGAUUGGGAUUCUCCUCAUUCUGAAUGUGCAAAUGCCACUGUGUGGGACGUUAGUCAAGCAUGUCUACUGCAGCGAUCAAUCCAUUCUGAGGCUGGCGUGCAUCCCCACCCCCAUCAACAACAUCUACGGUUUGUGUGUAGUUUGGUCCUUAAGUACGAGCUGCUUCUUAGUCAUUGCCUUUUCCUAUGUGAAGAUCAUCCAAACAUGCGUCAUCAAUCAGGAGAAAGACAGUCGAAGCAAGGCCAUACAGACGUGCGCCUCCCAUCUCACCAUUUAUAUCCUCUUCGAGAUCUCCGUGCUCAUCAUUAGCGUGACUUACAGUUUGAAAGACAUCAGCCCCAACACCAGGAAAUUUUGCGCCAUUCUGUUUAUUAUUGUGCCCCCCACGGUAAACCCAAUCAUCUAUGGCAUCGCCAUGAAAGAUAUUCGAACAUACAUUGUUAAGUUCUUCAAAUCCACUGUUUCACCGAAAUAGGGAGACCGGCAAAUACCACUUGCUCCAGCACCUACCGCGACCCUGACCCAGAAUAAAUGGCUAUAGAUAAUGGUUGGAGGGAUGGAUUUUUGUUUUACAAUGGAACAAAUCCUCUGUUUGCUUCUGAUUGCACUUUUCACUGCAUAAUAAUGUAUACUGGUGCACUGCUCUGUGUGGUACUGAAUGGUAAGGUGUAAAACAAGUCUUCCAUACAGAAGGACAAAAGAUAGACUAAGAUGACCACGGUGAUCUGGGUGUAAGUAUUCCAAGGAUCAAUUUAGUUGGCAAACUAUAGCAUGGUUAAAUCAUAAAUCAGGGAAAAAUGAAUUAUUACUAUUAUUAUUAUGAUUAUUUUAUUUACUGUAUUGUUGCGCUUAUAUUUCAUCAUAAAGAUAACCACAAGAAAGAGCCAGAUGCCUACGAAUAGGCAAUACAUGCGUUGGAGGCCUGCAUGAAGAAAUGGCUUUUAAAAGGUAAAAAACACACACGGGGAAAGCGUUUAUCCGGUGAAUACUUUAGUCGCAAAUAACAGACAUCCCGCAUUCAUUCGCACCCCAGUUCUACACUACGCUUGUGUUUGAAGCUCCAUUAUUCUGCAUUGACAAAUGGCCAAAUGAUAAAAUAAUAAUUAAUGAAAUUAACAAAUGACUAAAGAAAAUGGCUGAAAAUGUGAUCCGCCUGAUAUGUCUCUUGCUGAAAUUGUUACAAUAUAGCCUAAUGACAACAAAAAAAAAACACUCACCAAAUUGAUGCAGAAUCCCAGAGCUUUUGAAAUGGCUUUGUAACCAUUCCAGACUAAUGUAUUUCAACAACACUUUUCAGCAUCCCUUCUGGAAUAUCAUUUGAUCGCGGCAGUAUGCUUGUAGGAACUUUGUGGUGACUACUUCCCUCUGGUUGUAAGGGUCAAUAUGAGAGAGGUUUAGAAUCAACAGGGCUGCCUUCAUCAAGCCUGGCUGAAUUAAUCGAAUUAUGAUCUAAUAACCAGAUUAAAUCGGUUGAUUGAGUAACAAUUACUUUUUCACGUGGUUGAUAUGGAUGUUUGAUAACUUUCUGCAUUACAUUAAAUAAAUGGAAAAAAAUGUGUUUCAUUUUUA